GAACUAUACAACGCUCAGUGAGUGGAGCUCUUCUGAAUGGGGUGCGGGCAGUCCAGCCGGCCACCACCGCCCAGCACCGAGCUGACAAUCAAAUCUGCGAUUCUCAUCCAAAAAUGGUAUCGUCGGUGUCAAGCACGACUGGAAGCACGUCGUCGAGCCACAUGGACAAUCUUCACGACGUUAGAAUACGCUGGCGAGCAGGAUCAGCUGAAGCUGUACGACUUCUUCAGCGACGUCAUCACCGCAAUGGUGAACAGCGAAGGCGAGGAGAAUGGCAAUUCACCGUUUGCUUCGGCAAUCAGUUCCUAUGCGACGCCAAAAGAAGAGGAUGAUGACCAAGCAUUCAAGAAACUGAUGGAGACAGCGAAUCCGAGCAAAAUAAUAGUCGAGAAAAACUACAAAGGUCCGGUGCUCACCCUUCCACUUGACAAGCAACAAAUCGUGACUAUGAUUGAAGCUUUCAAAGUGAACAAGAUUCUUCACCCGAAAUAUGUAUUAACGUUGUUAUUCGAAGCUCGACGGCUUUUGAAAAUGCUCCCAACAAUCACUCGGUUAUCUACCUCCAUAUCAAAUCAGGUGACUGUCUGUGGCGAUCUCCACGGCAAAUUUGAUGAUUUCUGUAUAAUUUUGUACAAAAAUGGCUACCCCUCUGUGGACAAUCCUUACAUAUUUAAUGGUGAUUUUGUUGAUCGAGGAGGCCAAUCAAUAGAGGUGCUAUGUGCUUUAUUGGCCCUAUUCGUGCUAGAUCCUAAUUCAAUAACAUUAAAUCGAGGAAAUCACGAAGACCACAUCAUGAAUCUUCGUUAUGGUUUUUCAAAGGAGCUCGUGACGAAGUACAAGGACCAUGCUGCACACAUAUCAAAAACGUUGGAAGAUGUUUUCUCUUGGCUCCCUGUUGCCACGAUUAUCGACAAAGAAAUAUUUGUUGUUCAUGGUGGCAUAUCAGACACUACCGAAAUCCGACAUUUGGACAAGAUCCAUCGAAAUCGGUACCACUCGGUGCUGCGGCCUCCCGUACGAAAAGGAGAAGGAAAAAACUCGGUGAAUGUAGAGGAAUGGAAGCAAAUGCUUGACAUCCUAUGGAGUGACCCCAAGCCUAACAAGGGCUGUUAUCCAAAUGUUUUUCGAGGCGGAGGGUCCUACUUUGGUGCCGAUAUCACUGCCUCUUUUUUGGAAAAGCAUGGAUUCAAUCUUAUAGUGCGAUCACAUGAAUGUAAAUUUGAAGGAUACGAGUACACACAUAAUAAAAACGUCCUUACAAUCUUCUCAGCCUCGAACUACUACGAGCUCGGUAGUAAUCGAGGAGCAUACGUCAAGUUCAUUGGACGCAGUAAACAACCACAUAUUGUACAGUACAUGGCAACCAAGACACAUCGGAAAAGCACAUUACGGGAACGGCUGAGUCUUGUUGAAGAAUCUGCCGUACGAGAAGUGAAGGAGAAGUUGGGUGCGUUCAGCAACGAACUGGAGAAGGAGUUUGAAAAACAUGAUCCACAAGGGAAAGGAGUGAUAACCGUUCACCAAUGGUGCGAAUGUGCACAAAAAGUCACUGGGCUCCAUCUACCCUGGCGAGCACUGGCCCCCAAAUUGGCGGCCAUUCACGAAGAUGGAAAGCACGUCCUUUACCACAACAGCCUCUCUCACGUACAGCUCGGAAAAGCCAAGAAACAAGACAGAGACGUUGUCGAAUCGCUGUAUCGGCAUAAAAGCACGCUCGAGACGUUAUUUCGGUUUAUGGACAAGGACAACUCAGGACAAGUCUCUAUGCAGGAGUUUAUAGAUGCCAUUCAGGUACUCGGAAAGUACACGAGCCGUACUUUGUCGCAGGAUUACGUGGCCCAAAUUGCCGAAAGCAUCGACUUCAACAAGGACGGCUUCAUCGAUCUCAACGAAUUGUUGGAAGCAUUCCGAUUAGUAGAUCAGCAGAACGGCAUCUAACACUCACUUCCCUUACACGAGCAAUGGCUUACUCUGCUGCCAUUCGUAAGUAUAAACGCACUUGAUGGACGAGCGAUCCUGAGCAAAACCGGGCCAUCUACCAAAGUUUCCAGCAAGCCCAAUCACUGGAGCCUAAAUACUUCUUUCAUCGCAUUCCAUUUCUCUUCAGCUCUUGAAAUCUCAUUCCAUGUACAUCUUGAUCGAAGUAGCUCGACGUUAUUGGACUUCCACAGAAUGCCUUUGAGAUUAUAUUUCUUGCCUAUCUAUACUUACCUCACGAACUAAUAAAUUAUACAAAUACC